UGUCAUGGCAACAAACGACACGCCCAGAUGAGAAUUUGAAUCGUUUGCGCUGGCAGACAAACAUUUAAUACUAAAUUACUUAAUAAUAACCACUUGAACCAAUAUUAAUUUGUCUUCCUCUUGAGCCCAAUUUCAGACUUAAAAAUGUUUAAAACAUUUAUAGUGUUAUUAACAAUUUGUGCUGUUAAUUCUGUUUAUUGUAUAAACUGCUACCAAUGUUCUGGGACCGAUUCGGAAGACCCAUUUGAAUGUAAUGAAGUUUUAGAUAGCAACAGCCAGUUGAAGCCAAUAAACUGUGAAGGCAUACAUAAUGCCCAAUACUGUAUCAAACAUGUUGGAAGAUUUGAAGGUGGUAUAGGCACAAAGAGGUAUUGUUCGUCAUUAGAUUUAGGAAAUUAUUGUAAUUAUGUUCAACAGCCAGGGGACAAAUUAGAAUAUAGGACUUGUAUUUAUACAUGUAGUUCCGACGGGUGUAAUGCUUAAGAAAGAUAACAGCUGUGCAGUUAAUGAAGUACUGUUGUAUAAACUUAUAUACAAUAUUAUGUUACAUAACAUAUUUUAACAUUUCUAAUGUACUCAGAAUCUCAUUGUAAACUUUGUAUUGUAAGUGAUGUGAUUAAAACAUGAUUCCUGUA